CGUUGCGACUGAAAUGCAUAACAAUACGGUGCGACCGAAAUGAUCUGUAUUCGACCUAGUUUUAGGAUGAUUCGGAUUGUGAGGUUAAAAUAUUCAUAAUGUCAGCCAGAGAGUUUCCAAACACCUUAGACGAUUAUGUUACAACCUCUACAGAGCUAAUUAGCAAGUCUGGCAAGUUUAUAGAUGAGAUAUCAGAACGAUUGAAUUCUGGAGUCACUAAGCUGGUUGCUAAAUUGAAUGAUGGUCUUCAAAGAGAUUCCAGUAGUGAUGGAGACUACUCAAUAUAUACUGGAAAAACUGGUAUUGCAUUGCUUUAUCUGCACCUAUACAACACUAACUCAGAUGAAACGUACCUCACAAAAGCUGAAGAAUAUAUAAGUAAAUCGUUGAAACACUUAAAAGGUCGUAGGGCUACUUUUCUAUGUGGUGAUGCUGGCCCCUUAGCUGUAGGGAGUGUGGUAUACAACAAAAUGGGAAAGAAGCAGAAAUCUAAGGAUUGUGUUGAAAGAUUACAGAAACUGGUUGAUAUUGUAUUAGAUGAGAGCAUACCAGAUGAGUUGCUAUAUGGCAGAGCAGGGUACCUCUAUGCAUUGCUAUUUGUAGAGCAUUUCCUUGGUGAGGAAACUAUUCAAAAAAAUAUCAUUGAAAAGGUAACAAUGAUGGUGUUGGAUUCAGGGAAAGCAUUGGCAAGAAAAGAGAAGUCCAAAUCACCCCUGAUGUACAAGUGGCAUGAUAAGCAGUAUCUUGGAGCAGCUCAUGGCCUGGCUGGAAUUUACUUUCUACUGUUGCAGGUAGAUCUUCCGGUGAUAAGCAGUCACCUAGAUGACGUGAUUAAGCCAAGCAUAGAUUAUUUGACUCGACUUCAAUUUCCUUCAGGGAAUUACCCUUCAUCCCUUGGGAAUGAUACUGAUCGUUUAAUACACUGGUGUCAUGGUGCUGCUGGAGUUGUUCACCUGAUGCUCCAAGCUUACAAGAAGUUUGGUGACCAGAAAUACCUAGAUCAGGCUGAAUCAUGUGGUAAUGUCAUAUGGGCUAGAGGUUUGCUUCGCAAAGGCUACGGACUUUGUCAUGGAACCAGUGGGAACGGUUAUGCCUUUGUGGCAUUGUACCAAGUCACCGGUAACCAGAAGCAUCUACACAGGGCUUGGAAGUUUGCAGAAUGGUGUCUUGACUAUGACAAACAUGGCUGCCGACAACCUGACCGCCCUUUCUCAUUGUUUGAGGGCAUGGCAGGUGCUAUAUACUACUUAAGUGAUGUUUUGCAUCCUCUCAAAGCAAAGUUUCCAGCAUUUUACCUUUAAGAUUUUGUGCCAUUUCCUAAUUGUAGGCCUAUUGUCUCUCGCACUACAAAAAAUGUUAUCCUGUAUUAUAGUUGUACACAUUGUAUUUUAUUAACGUUACAAUGUACUGUAUACAAAUACCGAGCUUACUAAAUACUCAUGUGAUCUUGCGCUGGCUGUUUUGAUUGUGUCCUGACAUAUGUCCCACCACUUAGACUGUAAGUGGAUACAACAUUUUGUUUUGUGCUGAAUUAGUUGCAUGACAGCAUGACUAAGAAUAGUUUCCAUGGAGCAGAGGAGGUUGCUCAUGGAGAGUGACUGUGCUAAUUAAUUUUCCAUAAAUAACAUACUGUACUCUACUGUAAAACCAAAUACUACAGACAGAGCUUAAUUAAAUACAACAGUGAGGUCAGUUCCGUCAGUCCUGACAAAUCUUAUGUUUAUUUUUGCUAUAUAAUGUGAGGUCAGUUCCGUCAGUCCUGACAAAAAUAUGUUUAUUUUUGCUAUAUAAUGUGAGGUCAGUUCCGUCAGUCCUGACAAAUCUAUUUUUAUUUUUGCUAUAUAAAGUAAAUACAUAAAUUUUGUACUUGCUAACACAGGUGGCUUAGAAUAGCUUAAAAAAAUGAAUCCUUGCCAAGCCGUGGGGCUCAUAGGGCUGGAGCUUAUGCCCUGUAGUGUGAAGUGGAUGAGAGUGCGAUACUCCCCCUGGGUGGGAUGUUGCUGGUACCCAUUUAUACAGCUGUGUAGACUGGAGCAUUGUACAUAAAGUGCCUUGCUCUAGGACCCAAGCGAAAUGCACAGAGUAGUAUUCAUAAGAAAUGAGUAUGACAAUUUGUGAAUUGCAUAAUAUCUCUGGACUUAGUCAUUGAAACAUGUUUUUUUUUCAGAUAGAAUGCUCUUCCAGAAGAGAAGUGCCUUUAAGACCCUUUAUUACAUAUAACAUUUAUUUCUAAGAUUUCUACAAAUAUUAUGUUAAAAAAUUAACAACUUCCUUCUAAUGUUUUGGUUUCUUAUUAAGCUAUAUGGAUAUUUAAUGGUUGUAACAAGAUUACUUUUACAAGUACUACUUUCACAAGUAGUGCUCCUAUUUUCUUGGUUAAAUAUUUUGUUUACCCUAUACUUUUUUCAUUGUAUAUAUAUCACCUAGAGUUCAUUCACUAGGAACUGAGAAA